AUGGGUACCGCAAAUAGUAUUCAAGCUAAAGAAAUUUCUGAAAAUGAGAGCGAUGAUACUACCCUUCAGAAAAAGAAUAUUUCGGAAAGCCUUGAUGGUCUGAGUUCAUUAAAGGCACCUGAGUUUCAGAUCGUGACUCAAGAGGCAUAUUCUCAUCCUAUCAUUGAACACAAGAAUACAUGGAAGAGCCUUGUUUGGGAUACAUGGGGACAUCCCGAUAAAAGGCACGUCAAAAUUAUUAGGAAACUCGACUUAACGCUAUUAUUAUUCGCGACCGUAUCUACAUUCAUAAAAUACAUCGACAAGACAAAUUUAACAUCUGCUUACGUUAGUGGAAUGCUGGACUACUUUGAAAAAAAAGGCUAUGAACUUACCAUUCAAUUAAAUUGGGCGAAUAAUGGUUAUAAUAUUGCAAGCAUUGUUUUUGGAUACCCUUUCGGAUAUCUUAUGGCUAGAUACAGUACUAAAUGGCUAGUCAUAUCGAUUGAAGUUGCUUGGAUAAUAGUUACUAUGUGCUUUAGUUCAAUAAAAUCUCCUACACAAAUGAUUGUCCUAAGAACGUUAUUAGGAGCAUUCGAGUGUGGUCACUAUCCAGCACUUUCCUUCUUAUUGGGAUCUUAUUAUACAAAGGAAGAAUUAGCUAGAAGAAAUGUGUUGUUACAAAGCUCAACUGCCCUAGGUUCCAUGUUUGCCAGUUAUAUCCAAAGCGGGGCCUACACUCAUUUAGACGGAAAGCUCGGAAGAGAGGGUUGGUCUUGGACUUUUAUCAUAGAUGGGGUCAUCAGUUUGGGGGUUUUAGUUCCCCAGAUAAUAUUCUUUCCCGACAUUUUAAGCAGGGCUACUCCUGGCUUGGUAUUCUCAGAAGAUGAGAUAGAGUAUUUACAAUCGAGAAAGCCAGAAUCAAGAAAUGAGAAAUACAACUUUAGCCUUAAUGAUAUUAAAGAAGUGUUCACUACUUGGGAAGUUUGGGCUUUUUGGUUUUUUGGGGUAUCACAAGAUAUUGUAUCGCUUUCAAUGGUAACAUUUAUUUUUUGGAUUGAAGGUUGGAACACGAUAAAAGAAGGUAGCUAUUCGGUCCCCCAAAUAAAUAACUUCAACUCGAUAUUAUAUGCUGUGCAAUACCUUGUAGCUAUUGUUACAGGUUGGUCUUCAGAUACUUUUCUAAGAGGAAAGAGGUGGCCCCCAAUUGUCCUAGCUGGAUUGAUUUCUUUUGUGGUAACAAUUAUUCUAGCGUCAACUCCUGUUUAUCCUCACCAUAGAGGUUUUAGGUUCUUUUUAUACUUAAACACAUCUUGGGCUUUGGGAACUGCAGGUCUCUAUUGGGCUUAUGCUCAAGAGUACUUUGAAUAUAACUUUAGAUUGAAAGCAAUUGUGACAGGAGGAAUCAAUAUUUACUCUUUCACAGCUAACUGCAUUGUAAACCCUAUAUGGUUUAGAACAGAUAAACAGCCUUACGUUCAAACAGGUCACUACAUAUCAGCUUUUUUCGCUUUUUGGUAUGCUGCUGUUGCUGCGCUUCUUGGUUGGAAUGAAUAUAGAAAAAGUAAGGCUAUCUCUCAGCUUUCAUAG